AUCACAUGUAGAAUUAACCUUGAAUAAUGCUUAGUAAAAAUGGAGCUCGUCGGCUAUGUUCGUAUUCAAAUUGUAUUUAGGUGUGUUGGAAAACGGACGUGUUUCUUCGAAUGUUGAAUUUGAAUACAGACGUUAAUGAAAGAUACACAUUUUCGAAGUUAACUUUUCAAUGUAUUCUACCUCAAUUGAUCGGCGCGAACAGUUGUGAUUGGAAUUUAAUUGGCUCUACAUUGUAUGAAUGAAAAGAGUUGCUAAUGUUGGCUGUGCAGACCAGUGAGUAUCAAAGGGCUUGUAAGAUGCCUGUAGAUUUCACAUCAUAUCUUCUUUCGGCGAGCCCGCCGGCAACGAAACUGGACCUUCUCAGUUAUGCCUUCAGUCAAGAGGCUUCGCGCAACUGGCAACAACAGCAGCAGCAACAACAGCAACAAGUGGACAAAGCUGAAAAUGAGAAAAACGACUCGUCUGUAGAAAAAAUUGACAAUGAAUUAAGCAAGCUGAAUUUAACAAAUGAACAUGUGAGGAAUGGUUUUAAGAACUUGAAGCCUAUUAUCAUUCGUAAAGAUGACCUUGACAGUGAUGGAGAAUGGUCAGAUACUUCUUCUGGUCCAAACUCUGGCCCCAAUUCAGGGAGGGUAACGCCUACUAGUCCGUGUUCACCCAAGUCCAACAAAAAAGUUUCGUUCGCAGAUCAUAGGGGUUAUGCAUUAGCAACAGUCCGAAUAAUGACCGAGCCAUCAGAUCAUCCGCCAAAACUAGCGGAGGAUGUUUUCAAAACUAUCACAAACGGUGCUGUGGCGGCUGUGUCAGGGUUACCUCCGUUUAAGUUGAAUUUUACCCAGCCAGCCUCAGACUAUAUGGCUUUCCGUGAUAAAGUUGGGAAGUCAUUUGUUUCGCUGGAGAAUGUCAUUCUCAGAGACUACAACGUACUUGGAACCAUAAAGGUGAAAAACAUUUGCUUCGAUAAGCGAGUGUUUUUUCAUAUGACAAAGGAUAACUGGAAAUCUAGUCAGGAUUUGGAGGCAAAGUAUGUUCAGCCUUUUGGUGGGAAUUUGGUACAUAACUUGGACACAUUUUCAUUUGAAUUUGACAUUGAUCCACAGACUGAUGGCCACCGUACUAUUGAGUUUGCUGUGUGCUUCGAAACACCAGGUCAACAGUAUUGGGACAGCAAUGGGGGUGCUAAUUACGGAAUUGUUCCAACAGAUUUCAACGCAGUGUCUAGCCCAGAUCCUCUGCCCACGAGUACACAGCCAUCAUUGGCACGACGGGACUCAUGGACGGACUAUGGAUGCUGGCAUCAUGUCAAUACAGCUGCGCCCUACUAUUGACUUAUUGAAACCGCAACCCAUAAUGGGCUCUGUAGGUAAUUUUCAAAUGCUUCAAGAAAAGCACUCUAGAGAACGAAUCAUCAAUUUUCGAGGUAAAUGAGAAGUUCUUUAAAGCAGGAGCUUAGUAUCAUCUUCAUCAGCAGAGGAAGGAGGUCCCUUCAUUGAGUACUGGCUUCAGUUGUUGAGUAUUCGCAUCAACCAAGAGCUUUUCAUGUAGCUAUUCAAAGCUCCCGGCAAUAAUUGAAGUCGAGUGCAAAAGAUAGAUUCCCGGAACAGAUUGAUGUGUUGAGGGAACAGAAUUGUCUGUGUGAGAAAAUUACACAGUUAUAUUAAAUAUAUGUAUGAUUCUACAAAUACACAUAAAAUGAGAUGCUUCAUAUGUGCCAUACUUAAACACAAGUUCAACUAUACAUGUAUAAUUAAAAGCACAAUUACCUACGGUAGUUUGCUUGCAGUUGAGAUGGGCAUUCAGAGGCCCCAUACUGAAGAUACUGGUUUUUGACACUACAUAUAAGAUCACAAUGUCUGAGCUAUGAACAUCUUUGUAUACAUACACUAUACCAUGAUACAAAGAUAAUAUGGUGGUUGUACAGAGUCUACCUCAAAUAAGUGCAAAAAAGCAAAAGAUUAACCUCAAGUAACGUCAUCAUUUCCAUGUAUUGAUUUUACAAAGAAAAGGCUUUUGAGGAUAGAUGAGGAAGAGAGAUGCAGCGUAGGAAACUUUACGGUGUGACAUGUUACAAUGAACUUGUAAAAGUACAGAUUAAGAAACCUAUGUAAAGGCAGAGUAUAACUAAACAAACAUUUUUUUUUAUUUUUUCAAGUAACUGUUCACAAGAUUAAUUCAUUAAUUAAUUUAAAUAUUAUCUAUGUACACCUUAAAUUAAGUUAUUUUUUUAUAUUUGAAAAGCAAAUAAGGGGAAAACUUUAAUUUCUGACAUUGUGAGACAGCACUAUACAUCAUGUAGGUGUAGUAAUACUACAGCAUAAGAUAUUUCCUUGUUUGUUUUUAAUUGAGUGUUAUAUGUACAAUAACGUAUAUGUUAUUAUGAAUAUAGGAGAUUCCUUUUGUUUGAAAAAUAUUCAAACAUAAUAAUUGUGAAAUUGACAAAGAUUUUGAUCAUUUUCAAUAACAGACUAUCCAUGUGAAGUACAUGUUCUUAAAUUAAAAUUCCAACAUUUUUUUUGUAUGCGUUUGAACAAGCACACCCUAGUGACGGGAUUGUUUUUCCAUGCAGUUUAUUUUUGUUUGAUGAAUAUCUGUGCAUUAUUGAUAUUGACUCAAAUUUCAAACCACAUGCUGUAAAAGAUUUUUUUUUACUUUUAAGGUAACUUUAAAUUUUUGACAUCAAGCAACCAAAGGUUUAGAACUGGUUGAGGUUUGUUUAGGUCAAAGUCAUCCAAACUUUUUUUUGACUGGUCAAUAUUUAUCCACAACCAAUCUGUUAAAUAUGCGAACAAGCCAAAGAUACCAUGGCAAAGAUUUAUACAAUUGGCGGCUGUUUUUGAAUUAACAAACUAUGUUUUCUAUAGUAUUUAUUAUGAGCUGGUAAUUAAUGCAUGUAAUGCAAGUAGUAUAAAUUAGUAGCUGUUUCCAUUUUUUCAAAACUAUCAAAUAUUAAUAUGUUGAAUUUCUAAUGAUGAUACUGUUUUAAGUCAGUGUUGACUGAUACAUAUAUAUCGUUAAUUUUACUUAACAGUCAUUGGGUUCCACCCAAGUGCAAACUUUCCUACAUGUCUUCAAAAUGGAUUUACAAUAACAAUUUGUCAAAUGUGGUAAAUGAUUGUUUAACUGUUUGAAAAUUUGUCAUUUACUUUAUUUAAGACCUUUGGUAGUACGUGUUAUCGCUGUACUGUAUAAAGAGCUAUAGGAGUGUACGUGCGUGAAGUUGUUUACCAUUUAAAGAGGUCAUAAUUCAUAAGGUCUCAAUUCAUUACAUACAUGUUGUCAUCUAACCAGUUUAAACUAAUUUAUCUGUGUAUGGAAGAGUGGUUUUUAGAGCCAUUUAAUUUACUUUGGAGUUGAAUAUAUUAAGAUACAAAUGUAAUUUAAUGGUUAUCAUCAUAGGAGAUUCAGUUGCGGAACAAGAAAUUGAAAUUUUGAAAUCUGAUAAAGUUUACUUUUUUAUUUGCCAUAUAUCGAUACACUUCAAUAAACAUACUCUCCCUGUUUUGUCAUGCAUUAAAGAUAAAUGGCUAAAUUGAAUUUAUAAUAAUGACACCAAGGCAACUGUAUCCGUCUAGUAUGUAAUCUUCAAGGCAUUGAACAUUUCUGUAACUAAUUUUAUUUAAGUAUAAUUUUAUGAUAUAUAGAUUGAUGUAAUUUUAAGUUGUUAUCUUAAAUACAUAAGUAUUAAAUGCAAGCGUUGCAAAUGAUCCAAUCAUUUUGUUUAUCUUUUUGUGCAAUAAGAUUUGACUUUUUUUUGCUUCAAGUAAUUUAUUUUUAAUUUUCCUAUUGAUAAGUGAUUCAGCAUUUUAUUGCCAUAGGGUUUUAUUGCUAUAGGUUGAAUAGCCAACAUAUUGACAGUGUAAAGUUUUGUAUAGUUCAUGUCAUUAUUCAAUGUCAGGAAUAAGUAUCAUACAAGCAGAUGCUUUUUAAUAGUAAACUUUGUAAUGGAAAUAUAACAUUCGCUGGAGGAAGUACAUGGGUAAUAACAACAAGAGGUCCAUAAGACACGGCUUAAUCAGUAACAAUUCAUUUCAACCACUAUAUAUAAUACUUUAUCAUUUAUUUUGGCUGUGCCUUGAACAAUCGAUUUUCAAUGUAUGUAUACAUCUCCAAGUAAACAAUUUCAUGAUCAGUAUGGUUUGAUCAUCGUUUAAAACUUCAACCUUUUCCAGAAUUUAAACAAGACACAACCUGAUUUCUUCUAUAUAAACUUUGUUCUUGGCAGGGUUUUGGGGUGGGGAGGGACAUUUUAUGUCUUACAAUUGCAAAGCUAUUUGAAAAAAAACCCAGUAAAAUUACAGAACAUUGUCAUUUCGAUAUUGGUUUUCUGGAAGGUUCUUUGUCUGGCCAAACAGUUUGGCGUUGCUCAGAAAAAAUGCUUAUGUGCUGGCCUUCAUCUCAGCUGAAAAACAGUUCUCAUUGAUUUUAUAUCUGCACUAAAGCUAGAACAUGAUUCAGGAUGCCAAUAUCUCUUCUGUUCUGCAAAGUUUGUUUCAUAGCUUGUUAUGUUAAUGCUUCUUUAAGGGUAUGCUGUGAAAUGCACAUGUACAUGAAUCGGACGUAUAAAAAUUAACUAUGUUAUUUGAAGAAUAUGAUGAAAAUGCAUUAAAACAGUCGUUAUAAAACGAUAUCAACUGCUUGUUAUUGUGAAUUAAGUAUUUACGCUUCAAUUUGCCAAUGCGUCAUUCUUUUUUGAUAAAAUUCCUCAUGUGCAAAAAUCUUGGCAUUCAUGUUAAUGAUUCGGAAAUUGAAUGUCACUCAAUUAUGCAAAUCUUUAAUCUUUCUGCAUAACCUUUGGAACUUUAUGAAGGUUAGAAAGAUAAAUCUAAUACUGCUUGGUAAAUUAGUAGGUUCUUUAAAUUGCUGUAAUUCAGUUUGGGGUUGUUAUUUGAAUUGUAUGAAGUUUUUAUUGUAUAAGGGUUUAUUUUCCGUUAUUCAAAAGCAUAUCAAAUAAUCUUUUUGGCGUAAACUCAAGUCGUAAUUGAUGUAUGUCGCAAGACAUACUGUCAGUAAGAUAAGGAUCUGUGAAUGACUUCUGAAAAAUCAUUUUAUGCUUGCAAAGACUUUACCAAUUCAAACCAAGUUUCGUUAAAAUGUUGUACUAAAACUUUUUUUGGUUGUUCAAAGCUGCUUUUUUAUUUUAAAUCUUCAAGGAUGGGUUUAGUAUUAUGUUAAUUCCUUCCCUGUUAUUGAAUUAUCAUAUUCUUUUAAUAAGGCUUGCACUCUUUGACUGCAUCUAGCAUUUGCUCAUUGUUCUAAGGCCAUGGGAAAUACCCAACAUUUGAUAACUCCUGAAAACAUACUUCUAUACUAUUGUUAGAUUGUGUAUCUGCAAAAACCUUGGCCCUUUGGUACGGAAACUGGGCCAUUAUUAACAUUGAGUGAAUUAUUCAAUACAACAAGGCCAUGGGAAAGCCGGGCUGAAGGAUAAUGGCCCAUGUUUUUGCAAAAAGAGUGGUUGGUAAAACAUUGCCUGUUAAUAACUCUCCUAGGAAGGUGGACUAGAAGAUGUAUUUUCUAUGUAUUUGUACUAAUAUUAUCAUGUAACAAGUCAAAUUUGUAGGUUGUUUCAAUCUAGGCUGAGAGGACAUCUAUUUGUUUUCCAAGUAUUGAAUCAGGGUUCUAAAAAUAGCUGUAAUAACGAUACAGCCUUCACCCUUCAGGCAUUUGUUCUGGAAAACUAUAAAUACACAUCUACUAUGCUUUGAAAUAGGUCUUAACGGCCUGGUGGAUAUUAGAAAAUGAUGGGGGAUGUUAUUGGUACAAAGUAAGAAUAAGAUUUUUUCAUUUCAGUUUCAACUGUUAUCAGCUGGUAAUAAAGGCAGUUAAAGUUCAAUGCCCUAGUUGUAAGCCAGGAGUUCAUAUGAGGUGACCUCUAGUUUAAGGACAGGGAAAACGCUGGAAAUGUCUGCACUCUUUCUCUUUUUCUGCCUGCUUAUUUUAGGUGAUUUUUUUAUUGGCAUAUUUCUGUGAAUAGUUCUUUCUGGUUACCUAAACAUUUUUCUAGGAUUGAAUAAAAAAGGGAAGAGCAUUAUUAAGUUGCAGGACAGGAUAAACUCUUAAGUUGAGUGGGUAUUGCAUUGUUUGUAUAACAGCUGAAGCUUUAGUGAUACUAUUGCUUUCGUUUGUUUGUUGUAUGUGCUUGUAAAGUUUCUUUGUUUUAUCAAUCUGGUUGAGGCUUUCCAGUCAUUGUCCAAAGGGAGAUUUACCCCCACAUAACAGUAUGUCACUCAUCUCAAAGAUUAUUUUUUUCCAAGGUCAUUGACCAAGAGGUCAAACAAAGUUGACUAGAGUAGCAUGGUCAUUAUCAUUCUGCUAAGCCAAUUACAUUCCUAUACAAAGGUACAUUGUACAUGUAUUAUUGUAUAAGAUGUGCUUUUUAAUUGAAUUUGUACUGAAACUGUAUUCAAGAAUUUGUGAUUGUUAUGAUAUUAUUUUCCUGUUAUGAUAACGGGUAAAAAUGAGAUAUGACCUUGAUUCAGACUAGCACCUGUUUUCCAGACAUGCAACGUUUUCCCUGUGUUACCUGGUUGUUUCAUUAAUAGUGGCAAACCUAGUUAAAAACAGUCUGCAGUUAUGUGGCAAUUUAUUAUUGUUUUAUGUUGCAUAUACAUGUAUGCAUGAUGAAGCAGUCUUAUCUGAUCAAAAUAUUAAUUAUAAGUAAUUAAUUGCCUGUCUGGAACUAAAGAGUGGGAACAUUGUUACAAAAAUGAUGCAUGUGUGCUAAACAAGUCAGUGGCGUUUCUUCACAAAGCUAGGGGUGUACAAAAUGCUCCUGGACUCCCGAAUAACAGGCUGGGUCUGUACAUCUUGUUCUGUCUAGCUAUGCCAGUGCAAGCAUUACAAAUAUGAUACUGCAGUUGUCUAAGGUAUAAACAUUGUGCAUUGUUUUCUUUUUUCUGUAUGGCAAAGAAACAGAUUGUUGUGAAACAUAUCUGUCAGACUUGACAUAGAUUUACCACAUUUGACAAAUUGUUACAUUCUGUAUUAGUGUUUUGGCUUGUUGAUUAGAUAGAAUGAUUUUGAUGUUAGGAUUUAAUCUGAUUUUAGGAUGAUUGUAGCAAUAAUGGAAUAAGUAAAUAUAUCAUUGUAACUUGUAAGAUUUGUACUAUAAACAUGGUCCAUUACAACUACAGUACCUGAACUUUGUUGGGCAUUAAAUGUGACAGGCAUUGAAUGUUACCUCCACAGAAAGCAUUGCUCUAGAAAUUCUUGCCAGUAAUAAAAUGUGCCUAAUUACAAAGAAAUAUUUUUGUAAGAAAAUGUCACAGGGAACUCCAGUCUUUAUAGACUUGCUAGACCAGCUGGUAUUUGAAACAUUAUGUGAUUACAUGUGUAUGCUACUGUGUACAUUUUUAAGUCAUGUAUUAUUUUUGUGGUUAAAUAGCAUGUAUAUUUGUUUGGAACAUGUACACGAAUUCCCACUGUCGACGGUGGAGAUACACAUAGGGCGUGUAUAUAUACUAGCAACAUUGCCAUGUAUUUCAUGGGCAUUCUCGUUGUUAGGCAUUGCCUAAUUUAUUUUGUAAAAAAUGAUACAUGUAUGUCUUGGUAUCAGGACUAGUGCAAACUAUUAUUUUAUGUUUCAAUAUUUUGCUAAGGUGAUCAAUCUGCAUAAAUUCUGCAUAAAUGUAUCUUGGCAUGUACUUGGAUUUCUUGUAGUUGUCUUUAAAAACUCCUACACUUACACAACUGAAAUAUGUAUGUCGCCUGUUUCUUACAUAUAUGUUCUUGGCCAGUUUAACCCUAGAAACUGCAAAUUGCUCAAUGGCUUAUGACUCCUGCAGUAUUCUAUGAUAUUUCUUCUAACCGAUCUGUGUGCGUAUUUGAUGCAUAAUGAUAAAUGCAAAUAAUUAUCCACAUACAAAUUCAUCUUUUGGUUCAAUCAAUCUCAUAUUUCACUUUAAAACUUACCAUUUUGUUAUUAUCUUGUUUUUGUUGAUACUGAUUUACCCCAUUCAUACAUGUACAUGAGCAGCUUUAAAAAUGAGCUUUAAUCUUGCAUCAUUGCUGUACACGAUUUUGUCUAGUAAUGUCAUUGUUGCUUUAAUGCAUAGCUUUAUUGAACUAGUAUUUACUGUUUUGUGUUUUUCAUCUUCUUCGAGUUAUUUUGUUAAUAUAAAGAUUUGUGAUAUGAUAAAAUUGUGUAGCAUAUACUGUAUGUGAAGGACAGCAUUACCAGGAGUGAGAGCGAAAAGGUUUUAAGGGACAUUGAAUAAUGAAGCCGAUAGAGGCUUUUCGUUCUUGCCCCUAUAUUUACUAAUUGUAAUAUACUCAUUAUUCUGUUUAUACUUCUUUUGUAAUUUCUAUAAUCAGAUUGUAUCGACUGUGUGAUAUUUUGUCUGUGUUUUGGUGCACCUAUAUAUAUAGAUAGAUCAUGAUGUGUAUGUAUGAGUGCAGUUGGACUAUGUAUUUUAGUUAUCAACAAAAAUGCAUAAUCUUUAAACUGAAAGUUCAUACAGGGAUUGUAUAAUACACCCAAUUCCAGGUUUAUUAUACUAGUUCACUAAGAGAAUCUUCGUUCAAACAAACGCCUGAACGCCUGUACGUGUUCGAAGUUUGCAUUUGUAGAGAAAAAAUAUGGUUUAGCAUGGAACCAUUGAAGCCAGUACAAUAUUGUCAGUGUCAUGAUUUGAAAGGUUUUUAAAGAAUAUUUUAGUUUAUUAAUAUAUACAUAUUUUAAUAUGUAGGAUAUAUUUACUGUGUUUGAGAAACAAUCUGCAAUCAUCAGAGUUUGUUGUUCUGUUAAAGAUCUGUGAUGUAUGUGGUUGCUUCUCAAAUCUGUUGUUAUUUCUGCAUAAAAUGCCGUAUGUUUUCAAAUCACUCGUUUUCAUGUAUCAUUUUGUAUUUGAUCUUUUUUAAAAAAGGAUCUGAUACUGCAUAUGUAUAUUGUUAAUUUUUAAGAAAAUAUAUAUAUAUAAGAAAUCUGA